AUGACCACACCAACCCCCCAAACCUGGACCCUCCGUUUAAAAUCCCAUAAAACAACCGUCCUCCUACACAUCGACCCCCUCCACACCUUCGACACCAUAAAAUCCGCCCUAUACGACGCACUGCAGCAAACCGAACUCCGCCACUCAGAAACCGGCGCCGCAAUUCCUCUCCCACCCUCACCCUCAGACAUCCAGCUGGGCCGCCCACUCAACAUCAACGACGCGCAGGAGGGGUUUAAGCUUGGGGAGUGGGAAUACAGUGCGAUUGAUGAGGGAGAGGAGGUAGAAGGGAAGGGCAAGGGGAAAGCGAAAGCGGUAGCGACGGGGGGGAAGGGGGCGGCGAGUGCGAAACAGUGUCCGAAGGGGGCGGGGUUGAAGGAUGGGGCUGUAUUGGCGUUUCGGUGGGUGGGGGAUGGGAGUUGGGAGGGUGAGCAAGAGGAGGAUGAGGAUGAAGAGGGUGGGGGGAGAAGGGAGGGGGAUAUGUGGGGGGUUAAGCUUGCGAGUUUUGAGGAUGCGUAUGGGGUUGAGAAUGAAGGGGAUGUUGGGGGUGGGAAGGAGUUUGAGGGGUGA